UCCCUCCUUCCCUCUCCCUCCGCAGCCAGUGCCUUGCUCUGACCCCCCUCCAGACAGGCCACAAACCUGGCUCCAGGUGGCGGGUUCAGACGGGCUGCAACAGAGGAAGCCCUGGCCUGGGAGAAGAGGGGAGGCGGCCUUCCAAGAUGUCAAAUAAUCCUUGCACCAGGUAACAUUCCAUGCAUACCUUGCCUGUCAACUGGCAUUGGUUUUACAGAGUGACUCUGGACCAAAAGAAAGUUUCCCCAUCACAGCCAUGGCUGCAGCAAGGAAAGGUUUAAGCGCUUCUCCUCCGGAUGGUGGCUGGGGGUGGAUGGUUGUGAUUGGUUGCUUCCUUGUAACUAUCUGCACUAGAGCUGUGACAAGGUGUAUUUCUAUUUUUUUCGUAGAGUUCCAGACUUACUUUGCUCAAGAUUAUGCCCGGACAGCUUGGAUCCAUUCCAUUGUAGACUGUGCUACAAUGCUUUGUGCUCCACUUGGAAGUUUUAUCAGCAAUCAUCUAUCAUGCCAAGUGGGCAUCAUGCUGGGAGGAUUGCUUGCAUCUGCGGGACUUAUCUUGAGUUCUUUUGCCACGAGCCUGGAGCAUCUUUAUCUUUCUCUAGGAGUUCUUACAGGGUUGGGCUUUGCACUUUCUUAUUCCCCAGCCAUAGCAAUGGUGGGCAACUAUUUCAACAAGCGGAAAGCUCUAGCUUAUGGGAUUGCCAUGUCAGGCAGUGGCAUUGGUACCUUCAUCCUCGCCCCUGUGGUCCAGCUUCUGAUUGAACAGUUUUCCUGGCGUGGAGCCUUACUCAUCCUUGGAGGCUUUGUUUUAAAUCUCUGUGUUUGUGGUGCCUUGAUGAGACCUGUUGCAGGGAAAGACCUCAAAAAUGUUCCAGAAUACUCUGAACAGGAGUUUGAGCCAGAAGGACAAAAGCAGGACUUCAAGAAGUGGUCUGUCUGCUCCCCUCUCAUCAAAGUCUGGUCUCACAAAUAUCUAUGCCCGUGUUCAUGGCAGGAAUACAACUUUCUACUGAUGCCAGAUUUUGUGGUGCUAGCAGGGUCUGUCUUAUUCAUGGCGUAUGGCUGCAGCCCUCUCUUUGUUUACCUGGUGCCUUAUGCAUUGAGAGUCGGAGUGAGUCACCAGCAGGCGGCUUUCCUCAUGUCCAUUCUUGGGGUCGUCGACAUUAUCGGCAACAUCACUUUUGGGUGGCUCACGGACAGAAGGUGUUUGAAAAAGUACCGUUACUUUUGCUACCUCUUUGCAGUGGGAAUGGAUGGCCUCUGCUGUCUUUUCCUUCCAGUUCUCCAAAACUUUCCACUCCUUGUGCCUUUUUCAUUCACCUUUGGGUAUUUUGAUGGAGCCUAUGUCACCUUAAUCCCAGUGGUGACAGCGGAUGUGGUGGGCACCUCUUCCUUAUCAUCAGCUCUUGGAAUGGUGUACUUCCUCCAUGCAAUACCAUACCUAAUCAGCCCUCCUGUUGCAGGUUGGCUUGUGGAUACAACGGGUAACUACACUGCAUCAUUUCUGCUCUGUGGAUUUUCCAUGAUGUUUAGCUCAACGUUACUCUGCUGUGCAAGGCUAGCAAAGAAAGUCAAACGGACUCCCUGGAGGUCUCCUGGCAGAGAUACUGAUACCCAACAACCAAGAUGGACAAACGGAGCAAUACUUUAUUCUGUGACUGGAGAAUUAGAUCACAAAGAUGUGGAACAUCUGGGUAGUGUGGCAAACAGCAAUAGCAAGAGAUGACACCAUACCAAGAAUUCAUCCACUUUAAACUUUUCCCAAGAUAGAUUUUGCUACAUACAUUAUGCUAUUAAAGAUUCCUGCCCUAGUAGAAGAAAUUAUGGAAGUCUCCUGCCUUCAACCAAGCCAUUUCAACAAACUGCUAUCCUUGAAACAGGCUAGAAAAACUAAUAAGGAUAGAAGAGAAGAAAAAGGAGGAAGUUCCUUUUUUAAAAAUAAAAAAAUAUGUAAUUAAGGUAACUUUCAGAACAGUUCUAGGAAUCUGAACAUGGAUAUACUCAUAAUCAAAAAUAAGCUGUUUUCAUGAAGAAGGAAAGCUGGAUAUUCAUAUAGACAAUGAAACAGUUUUUAAUAUAAUGUCAGUAGUCCAGUAAGUCUUUUAAUGUUGCACUUCACUUCUCUUGCCUGUUUAUCCCAACAGUGGGUAAACAUGUAUAUUUUAUAUGAUCUUGGUUAACUCAAAAAAGUGUCUUCAUCAUUUGCAAAGAGACUCUGUUGAAGAUCUGUUUUGUACUGUUGCUGAUUUUAUCUUAAAUAUCACAGAAUCAGCUUUAAUGAUAUGAUGUACCUAGAUUUGAUAAACAACUAAGAUAUAACUUUGGAAGAAUUUUGUUGUCAACUGCUCUUGAGUCAAUUUUGACUCACGGCAACCAAAUGGAUGAAACAUCUCCAGCAAAAGAAUACUGACUCCCAGAUAAUGUCCUCCUCAAAAGCAUCUAAAACAAUUCAUAGUAUAAGAGCAAUACAAAAGCUGUUCUCAGCUGAAAAAUUUUAGAAAUGAGAUUUCUGUUUGAAAUGCCAGUGUGUUUCAACAAUGUUGAAGUAAGGAUUUAUGUGGCACAAAGGAAGUAUAAUGACAGUUUUCCCUAAACAUGGAAUAAUCAUAAACUUCUGCUACUUUAUUUCAGUUGUAAUUUGGUCUCGUACAUCAAAGCUAGUAGUGGAUGAAUAUUCUGAGUCAUUCAUGGGAGAUUGUGUAAUUCAUAGAAGCAUCCAUCCAGUGGAUGCAUUCUUGUUGAGUGACCUCAUGGGCAUUUUAUGGCAAGCUUCACAUUCUUGCUUGGGAAAUCUGGAACAGUAGGCAUUUUUAAAGAGAUCAUCAGUAAAUUUAAUUGGCUAGUAUACCCUGUCCACUUUUCUGAAAAGCUUACCAAACAUUAACUGUUUCCAGUCAUAUUCCUCAGAAGUCAGUUUUUAGUGCAGAUGUUUUUUCAUGUUUAAUUCUGUUUGGUACAUUUUCAUUAAUAUUCAGUCUAUUUAUAUACCUCCCCCUCUCAAGCAGAAAAAGUCUAAUCCAACAAUGACUUUGGAAAUAAAACACUGGUCUUGUAUACUAUUUACACUACCAGCCUGGAAGGGAGUAAACUGCCUAUCACUUGGUACCUGCAGACUUAUCAACUUCUGAAGUUACUACAGAAGGAAUUUACCUUUGUUUGAGAAAGCAGAUAUUGUAAAUGCAUCCUAGUGAACUGUAGGCAAUUUGCUAAUCUUCUGCAUUUGUUGGAAAUGUGAAGCAGAAAUAAUGAUGUUUCAAUCUGAUGCUGGAUUUAAGAGAAGCUGUCUGGACCCCUGUAUUCUAAUUAUAAAUGUAUAAUCUGGAGUUAUGGACUCAUGACAAUAUGUAGUCAUAGUUCAUACAUUGUCCCUAGUUUAGGGGCUACAUGGGAACCAUUAAUGGCCACCAAUCUCCACUUACCAGGCAGCAGCUGCUGUGAUUGAUGUUGCUUGGGAAGCAGUUGGCUGUUGUUCUAACUCCUCUGUCCCAUGCAAACAAUCUCCAGCACAAGA